AUGGACCAGUUCACCAUGGAAGAGGAGGUCAAUAAUCGAUUACCUCCACAACCGAAGGCCUAUUCCGAGGGUGGAUUCGACGAUUUCAUUCUCUACGACAAGGUGCCUGAGUCGAACGACGUCAGUGAUCGAUCCUCCGUUCAGGACGGUGGGAGUGUUAGUGGUGGUGGUGGUGGCAGUUCUACGCGAAAAUUGGGCUCGCAAAUGCUGCGGGGCUUAAUGUAUGGCCCCAUUCAAUUGCCGGAGCAGCUCCUCGAACGCAGUCGACGAGCGGUACCAACGGUACGCUUAGCUUGUUAG